CCAUCAAGUUAAACAACGGAGGUGAGAGGAUGAGAGAUGACAGACAAGAGACUCCAUUGAACCUGUCUACCAGCGGCAUUAGCAGCAUCAACGUGUCAAUAGAAAUAGAUGGAGUUGUCUACACAGGUGUUCUGUUUGCCAAGAAGCCCUCCCUUCCCAUGAUGCUGGGUGGUCACCAGAUCCAGAACCACACCUCCUCUCUGGGAAAGACCAGUCUGGGACUGAACUCCUCCUGCGUACAGAUCCAUCCGUCCUGCUGCUCCUCCUCCUCCUCCACGACCUCCACAUCCUCGGUCCACAGACCCGGAAACUCCUCCCCCUGAUCUGAGUCCCACCCACAGCCCCACCAACUCACUCUAAACCCCGCCCCUAUCCUCCCCCAAAGACAGCACACGGUCUGAGAUACCAGGAUGAAAGACUUCUGUUGUUUUUUCCCUCCUCCUCCUCCCUUUUUCUCCAUUUCCCUUAUCCCAGUUAAAAUAAUAAUAAACAAAUAUUUACAGAGGAAAUACUUCCCUAGGAAAAGAAACAAGAAAAGGCUCUCAUUCUAUUCUCUCUCCUCCGAACUCUGAAUAGCAAUGGUAUGUAGAGGACCUCUGAACCCAAUGGUAUGCUGAGGACCUCUGAACCCAAUGGUAUGCUGAGGACCUCUGAUCCCAAUGGUAUGUAGAGGACCUCUGAACCCAAUGGUAUGUAGAGGACCUCUGAACCCAAUGGUAUGCUGAGGACCUCUGAACCCAAUGGUAUGCUGAGGACCUCUGAUCCCAAUGGUAUGUAGAGGACCUCUGAACCCAAUGGUAUGUAGAGGACCUCUGAACCCUGUGUGUGUGUAUGUAGAGGACCUCUGAACCCAAUGGUAUGCAGAGGACCUCUGAACCCAAUGGUAUGCAGAUGACCUCUGAACCCAAUGGUAUGCAGAGGACCUCUGAACCCAAUGGUAUGUAGAGGACCUCUGAUCCCUAUGGUAUGCAGAGGACUUCUGAACCCAAUGGUAUGCAGAGGACCUCUGAACCCAAUGGUAUGCAGAGGACCUCUGAACCCAAUGGUAUGUAGAGGCCCUCUGAACCCUGUGUGUGUGUGUGUAUGUAGAGGACCUCUGAACCCAAUGGUAUGCAGAGGACCUCUGAACCCUGUGUGUGUGUAUGUA